AUGGCAGCCGACCGGACCGGGAUGUCACUCGGGGAAAGUGAGGACGUUGUUUUAUCAGACGAAACAGCGUUUGAGGAACACGGUGGCCAUGCCCCAAAAAGGCAUGCCCGGGUAACAGUCAAGUACAACCGGAAGGAACUGCAGAGGAGGCUCGAUGUGGAGAAGUGGAUUGAUGAGCGUCUGGACGAGCUCUACGCUGGUCAGGAGGAAGACAUGCCAGAAGAGGUGAAUAUUGACGAAUUAAUUGACCUGCCUGAUGAUGUGGAAAGAGUUAAAAAACUACAGGAGCUUUUUCAAACCUGCAAUAACACCACAGAGACCUUCAUCAGAGAGCUCGUAGAGAAGCUACAGGGAGUUCAUAAGGAGGAGGAGCUGCAGAGUGAAGGCAUCGAGCAUCCGGUCAUCGGUCACAGCCACCAUCGCCAUGAACCUUACCACUUCAACAACCCGCACCAUGUCCACCACACCCGAAGCCAGAACCAGACACUUUGA